GAACGAAAACCAACUUGGUAAGCGGCCCAACAAAAGGGAGGUGGGGAGAGUUGUGGUUGUGGACACCCUCUUACCUUGCCAAGUUGUUUUCUUCUCCCUCUGCCCUCUUGCUGGUGCUGUUGUUGGCAUUUGUAGUAGUAAGUUGUUGUUGUGGCGUGCUCUUGUGAGAAGCGGUGAGGUGUGCUUCCUGCUGUUUCUUUCUCAUUCACUUCCCCCAUUCCAUUCAUAUUUUUAUUACAUUUUAUUUAAAGAUAUAAUCUUUGGGUUUUGUUGUGCUAGCUAGUGUGUUGUGUUUUGCCUUGUCUUGCCUAGCUAGGAGUGGGGUUAAUAGGUAAAAAAAAAAAAAACAAAAUUCAACAAAUAAUAAUUAAUAUGAAUGUGAAGAAUCCAAUAAAUAUGUAAAUUAAUUAAACAAAAAUAUAAUUUUUACUCUUUGCCUUUCAAUCUCUUUCCUUGUGCAGUUUCUUGCCUUGCCUUUCCUUGCUCUUGCCCCCCCACCCCAACCCCUCAUAUCAAUCUUCUCCUUCUCCUCUUUUCAUUUCUCACCCUUUUUUCCCUCCCCAUUAUCCCUCUCCCAAUCUCUUCCUCUUCCAUUUCUCUCUCUAGCUCUCUCUGUCCCUUGGGCCUGUUGCUUGCGAUUCCAUUUUGGUGGGCGAGGGGUGUUUUUUGGGCGUGCCGUUUUCUCCCCUCUUGCUUCUCUCCUCCGGCUUCCAGGAAGGAAGAGAGAAGAAGGUUAGACGACGAACAAGGAGAAGAGACAGGAUUCCAGCAUCUCUGUAUCGGCUUCUUUCGUGCUCCUGCGCAAGAAUAUUUUCUGGGUUUUCUUUGCCCUUUUCUUUAUUUGGUUGGGUGUUAGAGCUCUCUGAUAUUUGAUUGGGUGUUGGCCUUCUCCUCUUCAGAUUCUUUUAGAUCGGUCGGAGUUUCAUGCUCUCCCUUUGAUCGGUAAGCUGUUUCCCCUCUGCAGAUUGUUUUACUUAGCUUGAUCAGUAGGCGGCGGUAAGGUCGGAUUGAGAUGGGUUUUCAUAUGUGGGUUCUCUUUCUUCUCAAAUGUUUCAGUAUUUCCCCUCUUUUUUGGUUAUUAUUAAUAUAAAAAUUAUAUUAAAAAAAGAAUUUGCUCUUCAAAAUCUCUGAUAGUUUUGGUUUCUGUUUGUGGUACUAGUUUUCAUCUUUCAUUAUCGUUAAGGAACUAGAUUUCAGCCCCAUCAGAGCCCUUGUUUCACCAGGCGAAGUGGCUCUGGAGAACAUUUCAAAGAAAUUCAACGACAGAAAAGAACUUUUCAAAGAAAUGAAUCUGCUUUUGUUGGAUGCAUAUGUGUUGUUUGUAUCGGCUGAUUGAUGGGGGCUUCUGUUUGUUGAUUGUGAGAAACAAAAAUCCGAUGGCUUCUCUCAACUUCAUUUCCCCUGGCUCCUUUUGAGUAUUUCUCCAGUAGAUUUCCAAUGUCUGGUUUUCUUUAGUUGUUACUUCGGUCACUGUGUUCUCUAUGUGCCUUGUGGCUUCAGUGCUGAGUUUCCCCAUUGGUUAAGUAGGGGCAGUAUGAUUUCGCAUAAAAGAUGCGAACUUUACUUGCCGGGCCCAAAUGUAAUCACCUUGGUGUUAAGUAAGAGCUCCUUGGAGUGAAGGGUAGCUUGUCUCGACAUAUGGGCAUUGGGUUUACUUGUUUCAGCUGGUGUUUCAUAUUAGUUCUCUGCCCUUAUUGAAUGUGUGCUGCUCAAUGAAGAGAGUCUUAUAUCUAGCAGCUAACCUGGCUUUGGUUCAAAUCCUUGGGUGAUGUUACUGUGUUGUGAAGCAUACUCUUCCCUGGUGCAGUGCAUCAUGUGCUGUGUUCUAGCAUUGUGAAAAUGAUAAAAUUCUACUGUGGUAUAUGAGUUUUUUGUUGUGUUCCUUAAGAGGUGUCUCUAAUUACUGGAUUCUCUUUUCUUGUCAGGUCUUCAACUCAAUCAAUUUACUCUGGGUUUUCCUGAUUCUGUCCGCCUUCAUUUAUAUAACAUAUUUAGCCCCAAUGCAAGGGCAGAGGGGUGUAAUUGGCUCCUUGCCAGAGACUUUGGACUUCGACCAUGGAUCAGCUUCGGGUAAUCCCAUCAUGGACCAGCAACUUUGCUGGAACAACAUUAGAACUCCUUCAGAAGAGCGAUUAUCAAACUUCAUGCUGUCUCCAGUUCAAAUGAAUACAUAUGCAAAUCCAAUUGACCAUGAACGCCAGAACUUGAAUCGGUGGAGCCUAGGCGAACCGAGUUCUGGCAGUGCAAGAACAGACAGAAGUCGAGAUAAGCAGAAGAUGGAACAUGGAUCGUCAUCUUCUUCAGCAGCAGCAGCAGCAAGCAUGUCUGCUGAUCCUAGCUCAAGGUUAGAAGAAAGGCGUCAUGAACCAACCCAUAUGCUUUCAUUGAAUAGUGUCGAUGUGAAUGCCCAGUUUGUCCACAGCUCCAAUGCCAAUGGAUUUCCCCAGAAUCUGAACUUGAAUGCAGGGUUGGUGGGCCAGGGUGAUGAUUCUAUGGGAGGGCACAAUAUGAUAUACACGUCUAGUGGUGCAGAACAUGCUGUUAGUGGUAGUGAAGAUUUCCUUCUCCCUUCCGGAAGUGGAGGAUACCUGAGGGAAGAUGAUGGCAGACCCGGUUGUUCAUUAGAUGGGCGCCGUCAAUCAUGUAAAAGAAAAGCAGUGGAAGGACAUGGGCAGUCCUCUAAUGGUUCUAGUUUGUUUCAGCAUCCAGAGGGUAGUGGUGCAUGGCCAGGUGUUCCUCCCCGUCAGGUCAGCAGCAGUUUGAGUAUAUCAGCUGCUGCACCACCUGAGCACCAUGUACACCCCAGACUUGUAUUAGGUAUGAGAGGUCUAGGUACUGAAGGUCUUGCUGAUCCCAUGCCAUCUGGCGGAAGCUCACGACAAAGAAAUUUUCGAUUGAGGAUAAAUCCCUCGGAUCAAGAAUCUGUUCCCUCUUCAUUGUUUUCUUCUGGCGGUAUUGUUAGGCAUCACUCGUCCAGACAUAAUAUUCCAGUUGAGAAUUCUUUGGAAUUUAGGUCUUCUCCGUCUGCUGCCGAGGCUCCAAUUUCUCAAGUUCAGCCAGCUGUUAUUCCGGUCACGGCUUUGCCACACAAUGUGCCUCCAUUUAGGUGGAGAGAAACUUCUGGCUCGAGACCUGGUAGCUCAUCAGGUGGUCCUAUUGAUUUGAGCGAUAGAGAGGAGGGAAGCUCAAGAAACACUGCUAGGCAAUUAUGGGAACAUCCUAUGUUUGUACCUGCAACAGAGCCGAGAACUUCUGCUAGAAAUCAGGGGAACAGGAACAACAUAGCUGGUGGAAGUAUUAGUGUUCCUAGUAGCAAUUUUGCUUCUUCUGCUGCAUCCCGGAGUGGUGGAUCGAGUUCAGCUGUUCAUUUGUCCGCUCCAACUUGGGUACCUCAUCAAAAUUCUUCUAGAAACUCUAGACGAUUGGCAGAGUAUGUUCGGAGGUCAUUGUUCUCUUCUGAUGCAGCUGGUGGUGAUCCUGGAACUCAGAGCAGUAAUAAUAAUAAUUCUUCUGCCGCAGCAGAGAUGAUUAUACCUGCUGGAACUAGUAGUAGCCAGGGGCAUCAUCAUCGAUCGCAUCCAAGAUCAGCACCAUGGCUUGAGAGACUGGGUGGUGAUGGUGUCCUUAGAAUCCCUUACCCCUUGCGAACUUUUAGUGCCUCUGGGGAAGGUCGCAGCAGGCUUGUUUCCGAGCAGAUACGCAAUGUCUUGGAUCUCAUGCGGAGGGGAGAGGGCUUGCGAUUCGAGGAUGUUAUGAUCCUUGAUCAGUCAGUAAUGUUUGGCGUGGCUGAUAUCCACGAUAGGCACAGGGACAUGCGGCUUGAUGUUGAUAACAUGUCAUACGAGGAGUUACUUGCACUGGAAGAGCAGAUUGGCAGUGUCAAUACCGGAUUAAGCGAAGAGGCCAUAGCAGGUCGACUUAAACAGCGGAAAUAUUCAGCUGCAGUAGAGAGCACCACUGAGGGAGAAACAGAACCGUGCUGCGUUUGCCAGGAGGAGUACAAUAAUGGCGAGGAGAUCGGAACCCUCGAUUGUGGUCACGAUUUCCACACAGGUUGUGUCAAGCAGUGGCUAAUGCUCAAGAACUGGUGUCCCAUCUGUAAAACAACAGGUCUUGCCCCGCAUAAAUAAGGUACGUCCCCACAGGAAACAAAGAAAACAGAUAAGAGGUCAGCAAUGGCGCCCCGGUGAAAAGAAAAAGAUCUGAACUUCAUAACAUGGCUGGAAUCAGGAUGCAGAAAAGAACAUUUCUUUGGCAUCUAACAGCUCGUUUGGUUCUCGAUUGAUUGUCCAUGGGGUUAGGCACAUUGCAGACUCAGUAGUCUUACUCUCGUAGGCAAGGAGGGGAAGCUUUAAUGCAUUUAUUUUCUCUUCUCUCUCUCUAUUAUAUUUCUUCUUUUGUAUCUUUUAUCGUUUAAAAAGAUGGGGGUGAAAGGGGAGUCAGAUUCCAGAUAGUUGGAUGGAUGAGAGCAGCAGCAGCCAGCAGCUUGUAAAAGGAAAUGUGAAUCCAACAAGCUGCUUUUGGAUUUAUUCUUAAAUUGGAUGGGUUUAUGGAUGGAUGACUAUAUUUAGUUUUAAUUUAUGAAAUUUCUAUUGGAACAGAUCAAUGAUCCUUCAUUAUUGAUUCAUGUCGUCACUUUACUGUUUCCAAUAGAUCUGUGUAUAUUUGCUUUGUUUAGGGUUAGAUAUGGGUGUCGGGCUUUCCUUGUUUGACCCAUUUUGGGUCAGUGUUGGUGGUCUCCUUUAUGGGUGGGCAACGGGACAGGAUACCCGUCCCGUUUUAAACGGGUACCCAGUCCCAUUUGGAGGUCAAAAUCCAUCCCAUAUCCCAAACCCAUAUGGGAAACGGGUACCCAUUAUUCGUACGGGACGGAUAACGGGUACCCAUACUAACCAUAAAUACCCAAAGUUUAAACCACUCAAAUUUUAACAAAAGUUUAAACUUAACUUGUACUUGCUUAACAAUCAGAAGACACAAAUCAUGAACAAUCACAAUGCAUAGAAAUAAAUCAUUCUAAGCACCAAAUUAUCAAAUAAGAAGUUUCAUUCAACACAAAUCAUGAACAAUCACAACGCAUAGAAAUAAAUCAUUCUAAGCACCAAAUUAUCAAAUAAGGAGUUUCAUUUAACAAAAGGGAGUAACUGUUAUCUGAUUUGAUAUCUGAUCUUCCAACUCCUUUGCAUUUCUCUGCUAUACAUGGAUUAAAGACAUAGAUACUAAGUUUUCUCAUGAUAGCUAGUUAGUUACCAAGGAUGUACCAUGGUUCUGCACAAAUAGCCGUACCUGAAGCUCUUCAGCAUAGGACUGAUAGUUAAAAGGCAAAAUUUCCUUGUCUGCUAACUGGAGAGCUAGAUAUCCCCAAAUGCUUGCAACUGUAGGUCAAAAAAUUAAACUUGAGGUUGAGAUGAAUGAUUAACAUGUAGUUUAGCUUGCAUUGACACUACAUUAUGGCCACUUUUCUCUUUCGGAUUCAGGAGAGUUUUGUAUAAGUUUCUCAGUCCAAGUAAGGCUUCAGUAUGGACUGUUUGUAUCCCCUCAUCUAAUAGAAUGAUUCUGUUGAGCAUAAUUUAUACCAUCUGAAAAAAUAGAUGGAAAUUCUCCAUUAUUCGGCCUCAAGUUACCCACCUGCAAUGUGCCUGCGAAAAUUAGGGUCACCAAACUUCUCCAUCCAGACAAAGUCAUCAUACAUUGAGUGGUAUACAGGGUAACCUGCAUGCAUUCAGCUAUUGUCAGCGGGGUAGAAGGAAAAAUGUAACUGAUAAUUUCAAUGUUAAGGAAUCAUACACCGCUAAGGUUCCUUUAGCGAUUGAUGACUACUUUGAACUAUGAAAAUAAUCUAUGGUACUUCUUGGAUAGGGAUGAGUUUAGGCUGCAUGUCACUGCAGAGUGCAGACUACAAGUAUUAUGUUCACAUAGCGUUCUUUGUUUCUUUACUAAGAAAAGUUUCAUCUUUGUGGCGAAGUGGACAUUCCCUUUCUAUGGAUUAGAGUUCGCAAUUGGGUAAAACGGGUACCCACAUUACCCAAACGGGUAUUUGCGGGUAACCCGCGGGUACCCAUAUUAGGAAUGUACAAUCCCAAGUCCCAUCCGUUUAUAAUAUUACGGGUAAUAUGGGUACCGGUAACCCUUAAAAAACGGGACGGUUACGGGUAUACCCAAAUACCCGUUUCCCGUUGCCCAUCCCUAGUCUCCUUUUGCCGUGUUUACAUAGGGAUAAAAAUGGAAUUUAGAUGACGAAAUUUGUAGAAUGGCAACAAAACCCGAACCCACGGGUACCCACCCGACCCAAUCCGGUCAAUGUGGGUAAAAUUUGUGUUGACGGGUUUUGGGCUGGGUUAAGGUUUAAACCCGCUACACUAUUCAUCGGAUUGGGUUUGGGUUUAGGUAAAUCUGCCCCAUGGGUAGCCGCCCACACACAUAUAAUUACUUUCCCGGUAUAUUUAAUAUUCUAAAUAAUAUAUCUUCCUUAAACAAUUAAUAUUCUUUAUGUUUGUGGAGACAUAUAUAAUUUGUUCUUUCUAAUUGUUUAGAAUGAAGUUGAUAUUAUGAAGUGGAGAGUAAAGAAACUUAGUUGACGAGGAAGAAGUUUUCAAUUAAUCUUAUUGUUUAUAGAUGUUUAUCUUUAAUUUUGAACAAUCUGUAUUGAUCAUUUGCGGUUUGCUUGUAUGCUCUAGAUUGGUGUUUUUUGUAUGAUUAAUUUGUAUGUGAAAAUUGAUGUUAAACUUUUAUUGUGAAAUAAACUUGUUAUUGUAAUUUUUUUACCACAAAAACCCACGGGUAUCCAUGAACCCGCGGAUACCCAGCGGGUUGGGUUGGGUUUGAGUUUUUCAAACCCAACGGGUUUUACAAUUUACCCCGGGUAUUUUUGGCGGAUAAACCCAUGAGUUCGGGUUUGGGUUUGACAAAACCCGCCACAACCCGACCCAUUGCCAUCCCUAUAUGUCAUUGCUGGUGUAGGGUUAGGCAUUGGAGCGAGUCAAACCGUUUUGAAAGACAUCAAACCGCGGACCACACUAAUAAGUUAGCGGCUUGAGUUGUGGUUUGCCCUUGAAGAGAUUUGUUGUUUCGUGGUCGGUCAGUCCAAAAAUUGCGGGGUGCGGUCAAAAUGCUAAAUCACAAAGGUUUCCUUUCGAGUUUAGAAUGAGGGAUAUGACCUCAACCCUCUUCUUUCCUAGUCGAUUAUGUGACUAGCCACUUAAAGUGACAAUUUCUCGAGGUUCGUUUUCUUCAACCACCGCAACUUUCUCUACAUUUUCCUCUUCCUCGACAAUGGUCUACCUAGAAGGAAAACUCUUCAGGUAAUGAGUGUAGUUGGUAGUUUUUCGUUAAUAAAUUUCAUAAAUUUAGAAAAAAAGUAAGUGAAGGAAUGAAAGAGUUGUAGUUAUUUCAUGGCUUCUUCCCUUUUAGAUUAUGAUCAAACCGCUUAGUGAAGUGCACUUUGUGGUAGUAUAUGCGAUUGCGGUCCAAGCCAUACUAAAUUGCUAACUUAUGCGGUUUGGUUCGACCACAUUAAUUAACUUUUGAUCCUGCAUUUGGUGCGGCCGAUAAACUUGCAGUUGCAUGAAUUUGGUGCAGUGCGGUCUGAUCUCACCAUUUGCCCACCCUUAUAUUGAUGUAUGGUUUGUGAAAUAAAAUUGGAUAUUAUAUCAUACAAAGUUAGUGGAAUGAAAUUUAGGUGAUGGUAUAAUCAUAAUUUAGUCAGUAGCAUACUAGUGUAAUAUUGGUCAAUCAGUAAUAUCAUUCUAGACUGAUAUUGGUCAAAACGGUCAUGUUUGUUGAGCGUCACUUUCUUUUACCCUGUGUUUGGCUAGUCCUGCGGUUUGCGAUUUAUGAGGUGACUUGGUACAAUCGCACAAUUUAGUAGGUGGAUGUUGAGGGAAACAAACUGAGAACUAGGAAUUGUCUUGCCGGAUUCAUUGUUUGUGAAACUAUAUGAAAGAUUCUAUCGGACAAAUUAGUAGAAUGAUAUCUAGAGAUACGUUUAUGGUUAACUAAUAAAACAUUAUCGUUAUGAUAAUAUAUUCAAUCGGUAGCUAAAUCUUAAAAAUCACCCUAUAUAUUGUGAAUUAUAGUUUGAUUUCAUUGUACUGAUCGAUGCAGAUUUUUUUUUAAUAUGUGUGCGUACUUAACCGGCAUAGUUAAAAGUAGGCAUUGAGGAUGAUACAACAUCUAUUGUUACCAUACAUUUUAUCCAGAUUGAGUAUUGGUAUCAUAAGUCGCUCUUUGCGGCUAUUCUUGUGCACCUUUCUAUAUCUAAGAAGGAAUUUAUCCAUUUACACUUUACGGGUAAAUACAAUUUAAUAUCCAAACCUUUCAUUUUAAACAAUAUAAUAGCCAAACCUUUUCGAAAACAAUCUAAUAUCCAAAUCGUCAACUUUCCGUUCGUUUGACUGUUAGUUGACACCUCAAAAAAGCUUUGUUUAGGGGAAAUUGUCACAAUAUAACUUGGUUUCUUGUUUUGGCAUUGCAGAUGAUUGGAUAUUUAGAUAUUCUAUACCAUCAUGGUGGAGUCAUGGACUUCUCGAGUUUGGAACUACGAUAUGUUGGUGGUUUUUCAGAGAAGAUAUCGAUGGAUAUUGAUGAAGUGUCGUACUUCGAACUUUUUUGAAGUGUCAACUAACGGUCAAACAGACAGAAAGUUGACGAUUUGGAUAUUAGAUUGUUUUCAAAAAGGUUUGGCUAUUAUAUUGUUUAAAAUAAAAGGUUUGGAUAUUAAAUUGUAUUUACCCUACACUUUACUACCGAACGAUAAAUCCUUUCUGUAUGAGGGGAACCGAUACGGUAGGAACGGUUUAUUACCUUGAACCGUACUCAAACUGCAAAUCACUAGCUCCCAAACUGGCUAAAACUGAAGUGAACAUUGAGCUUGAUUACCUGAUUCUACUUGGGAUGAUAGGCUUGCCUAACCACUUUUCUCAUGGUUUACUCCUAGGUUAUAUUGAAGUAGUUGUUCAAUAUUAUAUUUUGUUUAAGCAAGUUCAUAAUAUUAUGUUGGCAGACAUGUUUAAGCUAACACAACUAGAUAUGAUAAUUGAACUCGAAUUCACGGGUAUCUAAAUCCGACUUAACGCAAUCAAAGUGAGUAAAAUUCAAGGUCUGGUGCGGGUUUUACCAGCUUGAAAUUGGCAGGCUGAGGUGGAUUUUAUCAAAACUCAACCCGCUUUCCAUACGACCCACAUCUACAAAGCAAAACGAUAUCAUUUUUUAUCUAAUAUGAACAAUAUGAAUAAUUUAUGGAUGUAUGAGUUUUUAUGACAAUAUAAGCUUAAUAAUAUGGAUAAUUUAUGGAUGUUAGUAUUCUUUAUGGAGAUAUAUUUAUUUAAAAAAGUUUGGAUAAAAUUACAAUGUGGGUGUUCGAAAAAAUAAUGUAAGGUUAUGUUCGUGACCUCGUGAGUACCGUUAGAUUGUGUUGGAAUUUUACUUUUAAUAGAUAUUUUACCCAAUUUUUUUAGUAGGUGCACCCAUUAAGUUUGAUUUGGAUUUGGAGAAACUCAAUUCAACCCGAUCCAUUGCGAUACCUGGACACAACCACUUAAUAGCAUGUAGUAAGGCAGGGUUCCAUGCGGGGUCUAUGAUCCCACAUUGCUAGUGGAUACAGCGAAAACAUUAUUUGACUAGUUAUAGCUCAUCCAAAGUAUUGGGCACAAAAAUCAAGUGCUAUGAGUAAUUUUCAGGUUGUUGGCCAUGAACAAUAUUGAUUUUGUUGCUGAGCCAGAGUUGUAUGACUAAUCCUCAAGUUUGAUGGAUGAAAAUCCGAGAUUCCAUUCAACUCCUAUUAUGGUAAACAGAAUCAACUCACUACGGGAAAAGUGGCCUUUGGCAACACUCGAAAUGUGUUGCAAGAAGUGCCGAAAGUGUUGGAUAUGAAUUAUGCAACACUUUUAGUAGUGUCCUCUAUAGGUGGUGUUGUAUAAAGUAAUAGGUAACAC